CCUAACUACGGUACUACGUCGGCGAAUGCGCCGAGAUGGCUUGGAUCACGGAUGCACAUUCCACAUCCCACAGAAGCGCGGAUGCGAUGCGUACUUCCGAGGCAGUGUCAGUGCCAGUGCGCGCUGUGUGGCUGGCCGCUGGCCGACGACCAAGCCCCGGCCGUAUGCACCAUGUACUGCGUACUGGUAUACGGUAUACCCACGCUGGCGAUGGCCCGAUGGGAGAGGCUGUGUGGAAUGCCUAGGAAUAUAGUAGGGCUGCGAUGGCCCUGAUUGAAGGCGUAUGUACAUACCGGCCCAUUGCCGGAACAGUGGCAUAUUCCCGCACGGAGCAUGCACGCAUGGGCGUCUCUGUUGAUAUUCAUACCGGUAUUUGGAACUUGGUCUCGGCCGUCCAGUAUUGUACCAGGAACAGCUGAUAAGUCGUGCCUCACCACCAUUACGAAUUAUAAGCGCCAGGUUAGGCACCACUUACUCAUACACCCGAGUGCAAAGCUCACACGAUAUCACUCAUAUAACCACAUUGGGACCAGUUGCCUAUUACUCAUGGAGGUGGUAACGACUCAAGGCUCCCUCCUUGUACUCUACAUAACUACAGGCUACCGAUACUGCACUGGAAAAGCUCGACUUGUAUCAUUGUAUCAUACCUAUGGUACCUACUCGUACACAGAUACCGGUGGGCGCGUCUCCUUCCCCCGUCUCAGGCUCUCAGCUCGAACUAUCAGGAGGGGGCACCAACAAACAAAUCACGAACGAGCAAGUCGCUACCUAUCGCCAUUCAUUCAUACCGCCAUGCGGAGUGGAGCAGAGACCGUCCGCGAGACCGUCCGCGAAACCUGCCGCAAGCAGGCUCGGAGCCUCCCCCGAAAGCGGCUGCCCGCCGAACACCACGGUUGCACCGAGUGACACAACUUCGCAUAUUGCCCCCCUCCCCUGGAAUAAUCAAACCUUGAAACCUCUUGUCACUGGUUAAUAUCGAGCAGUAUCUGCGGGCGUAUGUACAUAUGUGUCUAUGCAGCGUACGGGUAUCG